AUGGCAUCCGCAGGCGAGCAGAUUCGGAUUGCCAUAGCCCUCGCCGCACUCCGACACAAGCCACCCCUCCAAUCUGUCCACGCAUACAUCCUCGAUCUCCACGCCGCAUUCCCCCCACCGCCCUCUACCGCCAGCCGAGAAAGAGAGCCCCAUCGCGCCCCGUCGCCCAACCCGUGGCGCGACCGCGUGCUCGUGCUCGAAAGCGACCUCCGCGAGCUGCAAGCGCAGCACGACAAGGACAGCAUCCGUACGUCCCCUCCCGCUCUGUUCCGUCAGCAACGCAUCCGUGUCAUGUCCAUCACGAAGCCCCGCUCUGGUGCGCUGCACGACUGA